ACGAUUGAAUAUUAUCGUCUGCGUACCUUCUUCUCCGACGCUAAUUCAUCAAACAGGAUUCUUUCGAUCGGCUUCCCUGUAUCUAACCAUGAGCGCAAUCCAUCUGCUCCGCAAAUUAUCCAGGAGGCCUCCUUCUCGCCUUCACAGAAACCUCUUGUCCUCCACCUUUUCCAUGGAUUUACCUCCAGAUUUGGCGCGAACCACCUUAAUUCGUCCCUUCUCGAACCGUCCUACCAUAUUCAACAACACCCACAGAUUGAUUCCUUCGUGUUUUCGACAGUUGAAUCUCUUACCAAAUUGGGUUUCCGAAAAGAAGAAGAGUAUCAGCGUUUCAUUGAGAGAAUUUUCAACAUCAGUAGUGGAAACCAAUACCAGCGACAAGGCUUUCGAGAGAGUUGUUGGUCUUAAUCCGAAUCCACUGGUCAUCGAAAGGAUACACAAUGGCGAAGAAACCAUAGGCGAAUCAGUUUCUGGAGGAGAGAUCAUCGGCAACAAGAUUGAGAAAUCUGAAGAAACUCUAGUUAGGGAAGAGAGCGAGGCUGAGAAGGAAGCGUGGAGGAUUCUUGAAGACGCCGUCGUUAGGUAUUGUGGUUCGCCGGUGGGGACGGUGGCGGCCAACGAUCCCGGAGAUAAGUUGCCUUUGAAUUAUGAUCAAGUUUUUAUAAGAGACUUUGUGCCUUCUGCUUUGGCUUUUUUGCUUAAAGGAGAAGGAGAGAUUGUUAGAAACUUUCUCCUCCAUACAUUACAGCUUCAGAGUUGGGAGAAAACGGUAGACUGUUACAGUCCUGGACAAGGCUUAAUGCCUGCAAGUUUCAAAGUCAGAACCGUGACACUUGAUGAGAACACUACCGAAGAGGUUCUCGACCCAGAUUUUGGUGAAUCUGCUAUUGGUCGUGUUGCUCCUGUGGAUUCUGGUUUGUGGUGGAUUAUUCUCUUAAGGGCAUAUGGGAAGUUAACAGGAGAUUUCUCAUUACAAGAGAGGAUUGAUGUUCAGACGGGCAUAAAGCUCAUCAUGAACUUGUGUCUAGCGGAUGGAUUUGAUAUGUUUCCAACACUUCUUGUCACCGAUGGUUCUUGUAUGAUUGAUCGUCGAAUGGGUAUCCAUGGCCAUCCCCUCGAAAUCCAAUCGUUAUUCUACUCGGCACUCAGAUGCUCCCGCGAGAUGCUUUCUGCUAACGACAGCUCCAACAAUCUUGUAAGAGCCAUUAACAACAGAUUAAGUGCUUUGUCCUUUCAUAUCAGAGAAUACUACUGGGUGGACAUAAGGAAGAUCAAUGAGAUAUACCGUUACAAGACAGAAGAGUAUUCAACUGAUGCUACUAACAAGUUCAACAUCUAUCCUGAGCAAAUUCCUCCAUGGCUCAUGGACUGGAUUCCCGAGCAAGGCGGGUAUCUCCUCGGGAACCUACAGCCCGCACACAUGGAUUUCAGAUUCUUCACCCUUGGGAACUUCUGGUCUGUAGUUUCCUCCUUGAGUACACCGAAGCAGAAUGAAGCUAUAUUGAACUUAAUUGAAGCUAAAUGGGACGACAUUAUUGGCAAUACGCCUCUUAAGAUUUGUUACCCCGCGUUGGAGUAUGAUGAUUGGCGUAUAAUCACAGGAAGCGAUCCAAAGAACACGCCUUGGUCGUAUCACAACAGUGGAUCCUGGCCAACGCUUCUUUGGCAGUUCACAUUGGCAUGUAUGAAGAUGGGUAGACCAGAGCUAGCUGAGAAAGCUCUUGCAUUGGCUGAGAAGAGACUUAUGGCAGAUCGUUGGCCCGAGUAUUACGACACCCGAUCUGGAAAAUUCAUUGGGAAGCAGUCUCGUCUUUACCAGACAUGGACAGUCGCUGGAUUCUUGACCUCUAAACUCCUCUUGGCCAAUCCUGAGAUGGCGUCCAAGUUAUUCUGGGAAGAAGAUUACGAACUUCUGGAUAUAUGUGUCUGUGGUCUCAGCAAAUCUGGUCGGAAAAAAUGCUCUCGAGUAGCUGCCAAGACUCAGAUUCUUGUCCGAUGAGUGUUAAACAGAAUCUUUUUGCUUUUCUCAAAGUUUCAACCGCAGUUAGCCUCUAUAGGCUAAGAUAUUACGAGACUUUCAUAUUUACAGAAACAUGACUGUCACAUAUAAUAUUGAUUAUCUAUCUGUUUGUAUA